AUGAGUAGUCUUAAAUUAUAUAGGUGUAAAAAUUUAGCUAACUUAUAUGCUAAAAAUAAAGAAAUUAACGAAUAUCUAAAUAUAUUAAAGUAUUUAGAUUGCUCAAAUAAGGAAAAUAUAAAUAGUUUGAGAAUAUUUUUUUUUGAUGAAUUUUAUCCAAUAGAGGAUAACAAAAUAAAUGAAAAAAUUACACAUAUUAAUGAAACAAAUAUCCAAACAUUAUAUAAGGAAAAUAAAACAUUAAUCAAUAAAAAAUUGCAUUACAAUAAAUCUUUUGAGGAAGUCGAAUUUAAAGAUAAAACGAAUAAAGAAAUAAAGUAUUAUGAAAUAUACAUUUUUUAUGAUGAUAAAUUUGAUGCUAAUUUGAUAUAUAACACAUUGGGAUUAGAUAUAUAUGAAAUACCCUUUAAUAUUAAUGAUAUAGAACAUUUAAAAGAAAAAUUAGUGUUAUGUAGAUCAACAGACUAUGAAUUAGAAUGUGAUAUUCAACAAGAAAAUGAAAUAUUUUUUAAUUUUAAAUGUUCUAAAAUAAAUAAAGUUUUAUCAUGUUUAAAUACAAAAUGUGUCAACUCCUUUUCAGGAACACUCAUAAAAUUGUCAAUGGAAAUAGAUUUAAACAAAAAUGAAAUUUUAGAAAAAAUAAGAAAAGCUACAACUGAACUUAUGUUGUUUUCAAGAAAUAUAGAGCAUAUUGAUAUAGAGAUAAAUGAUUCCUCUUUUUUUAGAUGGAAAAAAGAAAAAAAAAUCAUAAAUAUUUCCAGUUUAGAAAAUGAAAUAAAAUUAAAAAAGGAAAUAAAAUAUUUCUGUGUGGAGCAUAAAUCUAACGAAGUCAUUACUGAUUACGUAAUAUAUGAAAAAAUAAUUAAAAAUAAUAUUUCAUCUGAUAUUGAUAAAGAAAUUAUAUUUUUUUACUCACCAGAAUUAUAUGAAAUAGAAAAAGAUAAUAGAAAGGAAAAAAGCUUAUACUUUGAUGAUAUAAUUUCCAUAAAUUUUUUAGAAAAUAUUCCAGUAUUCGUAAGAACAAAAGAUGAUAAAACUUCAUUAAUAAAUGAUAUAUUUUUGGAUUAUUCUUCUUAUUCUUUAUGUGAUAUAUAUAUUGAAUUUUUAUUAUUAUUACGCGAAUUAAAUUAUUCAUGUAGCAAUUAUAAUUAUUCCUACUAUUUACCAUUGUUAGAUAUAGAAAAAAAUAAUACUCUAAAUAAUUUUAUAUGCUUUUUAUUCAAACAAUUAUUUGAUGAUGAGAAAAAGUUAAAAUUGUUUUUCAAUGGGUAUAAUUGGUUAAGUUUUAAUGAAUGCAUAUUCAUUUCAAAUAAUCUUAUAGUGUUUGAUAAUUGCAUGUCAGAUAUUAUAAGAUAUUCAGAUACAAAAAAUUUACUUUUUUUAGAUAAAAAGGUGAAAAAUUCCUUGUAUUAUUAUUUAAAUGAAUUGAAUGAAGAAGGAAAUUAUGAUUUGAUUAAAAAGAUUUUACGAUAUAAUUUAAAAUAUAUUGAUGAUAUUCCUGAAAAUAUUAAAAACAUAGACAUUUAUUACAAUAAUGCAGAGCUAUUAAACAAACAGUUUGAAAGCAAAAAUAAUAAAUUUUUUUGUGAAAUAGUUAUAGAUAAUUUGAAAUAUAUGCAGUUUGAAAACUGCAUAAAUAUUUUAGUUCAUUUACUAAAAUUAAAUGAAAAUUCUAUAAACAGAUUCUUAAAAAAUUAUUCUUGCUUUCCAAAUGAAGAAAAAAAGCUAAAAAAAAUUAGCGAAUUAAUAUUUUUAGUGGACAAAGAAUAUUACAAAAAUUGCAAGGAAAUAAAAAAAAGCGAAUUAAUUUCCUUUUUAAAUAAAAGUAGAGGAAACCCAUAUAAUUAUAGUGAGAAUAAUGAAAACAAUAAAGAAUAUCAAGAAGAAAAUAUGAAUUCUAACAGAAGGUUAAAUAAUUUUAUUGAUACUGAAAAUCUAAUAUCAAUGAGUUUUAUUAAAAAAGUAGGAAAAGAGGAAAUAGAAAAAUUAAAAUCAUUAGGACUAACUAUAAUUGAUGAAUUAUAUAAAUUAAGUGAUGACAUAAAUGAUAUUUUAUUUGAUUUAAAUAAAUUAUUUUAUAGUUCAAAUGUCUAUGAAAAUAAAUUAAAAAUUUUAGAUAAAAUAAUUCAUCAAAUAGAAAAAAAUUUUAAAUAUUUUGAGGAUCCUAAAAUAUUACAAACAAUUAAAAAUGCCUUUUUUUUGCCUAUAUAUAAAAGUAAAACUUUUAACUAUGAAUAUUUGAUGAAUAAUUCAUUAGUAAAUCAUAAAAGAUUAAGUAGCAAUAUUAACAAGUGUAUUACAAAUAAAAGUGUUGUAAAACAUGAAAGCAAUGAAAAAAGAUUUAACAGCAACAAUGAUAGUAGUAAUCAUAUAAAUCUACUAAAUAAUAUAAGUAGCAAUAAUUCAAAAAAUCAUAUAGACACUGUAAAUAUAACUGUGAAUAAUAGUGAUGACAUAUUAAUGGGAAAUAAGAAAGAAAAAAAGAAUGAUAAGUAUACAAUAGAUUUUAUUAGAAUUGGUGAAGGUUAUGAUAAAAGAUAUUUUAAUAUAAUAUUUUUAAAAAAAAAAACUUAUAAUUUAGAAAACAUUAAUAUUUCUUCAAAUUUAAUUAAACUUUUGGAUUUAUAUAAGAAGCCUCCAAUAACUCAUGUGUUAGAUCAUCUUGAACUUCUAAUUAAAAAUUUUAAAAGUAUAUGUUUACAAAAUAUAUCAAAAGUAUAUGAAGACAUAUAUGAAUUUUUUGAAAAUUAUAUAAUUGAAAAUGGAGUAAAGGAAAAAUUAAGCACCAUUGUAAAUAACACUACUGAUAAUGAAAUGUUGGGUGAAAUUAAAAUUAAAGAAUAUCAAAAUUUUUUAAACUUUAUUCAAAAAAAAAAUUUUAUUUAUAUUAAAAAUAAACUAUGGAAAUCGAAGAAUGUAUUUUUAAUAAAAAAUAUUCCCUUUAACAUUUUUUUUUGUGAACUACCGAAGUUAUAUAAAAUUAAAUACCCGAACUUAUGGGAGUUGAGUUUUGUACAGCUAAAAUUAAAACAUUCUAAUUUAGUAAGAAUACUAAAUGAAAUAAAAAAUAAAUCAAUUAUAAAAAAUAAAAUGAAUGAAAAAAAUAAAAAAAGGGAAAUUAUAGAAGAAAAAAUACAGUUAAGUGGCCUACUAAAAAUUUCCUACAUAAACAUCUUAAAUAUGAUUGAUAACUCUAUUUGUGAUAUGAGUACUGAUUUGAAUGAAUCAUUCGAGUGUAUAAGUUUCAAUGAAAAUGAAACCUCUUUAAAAAAUGAAAAAAAUAGGCAAGAUGAAAAAAAAACAAGCAUUGAGAUUUCGAAUAAAUUAAGAUGCUUCUGUUUUCAAAAUAUAUAUUUACCAAAUAAUAAAUACGUUCUGAUAAAAAAGGAAGAAUCUGUUUUUAUUAAAAAUUGUGUGAAAUAUAAUCUUGAAUUACAGAAAAACGUUGUACAUAAGGACAUCAAAGAAAGUAUAAUUGAUUUAUUAAAUGUACCAAAAAAACAAGAAGAAAAUGAUAUUAUUAAUAGAUCAGUUAACAAAAAAAAAAUGUUAUUAAAUCAAAACAAAAUUAAAAUAAAAAGUGUUUCUCUUAAGUUAAAAAAAGAAAAAACAACUAAAAUGGACAUCAGCAAUCAUGUUAAUAAAAGAUUAAAUAAAUCAUUUGUUAAAUUAGAAAAAAAUUAUGAGUUAAUGAUAAAAAAAAAAAAAAGUAUGUUGACAAUUAAUAAGGAAAAAGCAAUGUUACCUCCAAAAAAUUGUGUAAAUAAAAGUGUAAAUUAUGAAAAAAAAAAUUCUGUGAAUAUAAACACAAAUAAAAUAUUAAAAAAAAGAAAUCUAGUAAAUGAAAGUAUUUUAUUUAAAGAAAUUAAAAAUUUUAUUUCCUUUUUAGAUGAUUUAGGCUGUUAUGAUAUCAAAUUUAUUAUAGACAAAAGAACUUUUAAUCAAUAUAAUUUUCCAAAACAUUUUUCAAAAUGUGCAUGUUUAAGUUUGUAUAUAAAGCUUAAAAAAGAAAGUUAUUAUAAUAUUUUAGUUCAUAAAAAUAAAUUAUAUGAAUAUAUUUCUUCCCAAAAUAUCAUAUAUAAAGGAGAAUGCACAAAUUCAGAAAAAAAUUACUCACAUACAAUGAAUACUUGUGAGGAUUUAAUAUGCCUAUAUCUGUUUGCAAAUUUUUCGUAUAUUUUAGAAAAUUUGUUAAUUUUUAAUGAAAAUGAUGUGUGCGAAUGGUAUUAUCUACUAGAUGAAGAAAGUAAAGAUAAUGUUUGCAGCAAUGAUAAUUUGAUAAAAACAGAUAAAUUGUGUAGAAAUAAUGAAAAUAUGAAUAAUGGAAUUACCGAAAAUAUUGAAUGUAAUAAAGAUAUUUCCUUUAAUGAAAAUAAUAAUUUAAAAUAUAAUUACGUCAAUAAAAAUGCAAAAAGUAAUAAAAAACACAUAUAUAAAAAUAAAUGGUCUUCCAGUAAAUAUGAUAAGGAAUUUUUAAAAAAUGUUUUUUUUUAUUAUUAUUUUGAAAGAAAAUUAGAGGAACAGGAUGAAAGUAGUAAUUCUAAUAAAAAACCAAAAAAUAAAAAUAUAAAUAACAGAACACAACUAAAAGAAAAUGAAAUAAAUGAAAAUAGUUUAAAGAAUGAUGAUGAAAAAACUAUAUGUAUACGUAUUUAUAACGAAAAUACGUUAUCAUUAUUAAAACUUAUUGAAAAAGCAUUUUUAGAAUGUAAAAAAUUUAAUGAAAAUUUUUUUUUUUUUUCAAAAAAUCUAAUUAAAAUAGAUUUUAUAAAAAUAAACCAAAGGGAUGGAAAAGCAGAAAUUAUAAUUAAUUUAGGUAUAUCCAUGCCUAAAAAUCAUUUUUAUUUAAGAACAAAAUUUUAUGAUUCUAUUAGAAAACUAGAAGGGUUAAAAAAAGAAAAAAAAGAAAGUAAUGCUGAUACAGAGGAAAGUAAAGAUUCAAUAUUAAAUUUAGAUGAACAAAAUUUAGAAUUCUUUUUGCAAUGUCAAAUAUAUAAUGGAAAUAAAGCAAGUAAAUGGAUAAUAGGUUUAUUACAAGAUGUUAGUAUAUCUAUAUGUUUAGAACAUUAUCAAAUUUUCAGAAAAUAUUAUUUAUUUCAAAAUUUCAAUAUAAUUUUUAAGAUUGAUAGCUUACCUAUGCAUAUAAAUUGCAACUCUUUUGAAAAAAAUGAUUACAACUUAAAAAACGUUAAAAAUAGCAAAAAGUUAUCAUACAUAAUAAAUAAAAUAUCUAUUUUAUAUAUUCAUUUUUUAAAAUUAGCUCAUAGAAAUAUAGUAAAAAAAUUAUUAAAGUUUGAUGAAAACAAAAUAUUAUAUAAAAACAAGGGAAAAUGGGUUAAAAAAAAAAUAAAAAAGCAUAAUACUACUACUAUUAUUACUUAUAGUGAUAACACAAAAAAUUCGCAAUUUAAUAAUUUAAAAAGUGAUAACAAUAUAACUUUUGACUAUGUGUAUAAGAUUGAUAAAAAUGAAAUGAAAUCUUUUAAUGAAAUAUAUCAAAUUUUUAAGAAAAAAUAUCUCAAUUUUAUCCCUAAAAAAUAUGAUAAGGAUGAUAUAUUUAGUCCUGUUGUUAAAAAUAUUUUUUUAGAUUGUGAAGAACUUCAAAUUUUACCUUGUCUUCAAAAAAAAGAUCAAAUGUAUUUUUUAUUCUGGAGUAAUAUGAAAAAUUCUAUUAAUAUAUAUCCAUUCUGUAAAUAUUUAAAUCAAAUAACUUUUUUUUUGCUAGAUUUAGGUUUAACAAUUCUACUACCUUAUUAUGAAAUUGACAACAUUGUUCAUAUGCAUAAAAUAAUAAAUUCAAAUUCCAAGAUUAAUAAUGCAAAUAUUAUAAAGGAGGGAAAAAUUUGUUCUGAUAUGGAAAAAGAUGAAAUAAUAACUUGUAAAAAUUAUGAAAAGCUUAGUUCAAAUGGAAAUUCAAGAAAUAACUCUGAUAACUUAAAAAAUAUGUCAAAUAAUAACGCAAUUAAUGAAAGUGUUUUGAAUAUAUCAUCUUAUUAUUUAAGAAGUGUUAUAAAAAAACAUAUUUCCAUUUAUAUUUGUUUUAUAAAGGACUGUUUAAGAGAAAAAAAUUUUUCUUCAGUUCUAUAUUUAUAUGAUUAUAUUUUUUCAGAUUUUAAAAAAGAAGGUUCAUAUGACUCACUUGUAAAAUAUUUGAAAUCCACUCCUCUUUUAGUGAUUCUAAAUUUUGAUUUAUCAUACUUAAAAAUGAAAAUUGAAAAUUAUAUAAAUGUUGAAAAUGAUGAAGAUAAGUUAGAAAAACUAGAAAAUAAAUCAAAUAGCAGUAAAGAUAUUCCAAUUUUUACAAACAAUUAUGAUGACAAUAUUAAAAAUAAUAAUUUUAAUGAUAGUUCUAUAUCUUCCUUUCAAAAUAGCUUUAGUAGAAUAAAAAUGAAAAGUUUAUCUAUAUGUUCUGAUAAUUUUUAUAAAAGUAAAAGAAAUAAUUUUGAUGUUGAAGAAUUCUUAAAUUUUGAUUAUAUUAAUAUUAUUAAAUAUGAUGAAAAUAUUAAAAUUUAUUCUUCUGAAUAUUUCUAUUUAUUUGAUUUAAAUAAAGUGUUUUUUAUAAAUAUUCGUUUUUAUUCAUCAUAUAUUUUAUCUCUAUUAUUAGAAGCAAAAGUCAUAUUAAAAUUAUCAUUAAUAAAUUUACCUAAUAUAUUGCAAUUUAAUCUAUAUCCUCACAUAUUUCAUUAUUGUGAUUUAUCUGAAAUAUAUAAUAUUAAAAAAAAUGAAUUUUCUUUUUCUGAUAACGAUUAUAUAACUUCCAACGAUAGUUUUAAUAGUAAUAAGAAUAGGAAUGUUUUAGUAUAUAAUUCUAAUGAAAUCCCAUGUAGAGGAUACGCAAAUUAUAAAAAAAAUAAGAAAAAAAAUUUACAUAAUUCCAUAUACGAUUUCAUAGAAGUUCCAUAUGAUAUUAAAAUUAUCAUUUAUAAUAAAUUAAUUUUAGACAUGAUUAAUGAAUUGCAUGGGAGCGAAAAUGUAAACAUUUUAAAUAUAUUAAAGGGUUUUCGUUUAUUAAUAACACAAGAUGUAUUACUAGAUAACAAUCCAAAUAAAUGUAUGUAUAUUCAUAAUAUUAGUGAUAUAAAGGAUAUUAUAAGUUAUGAUUUUAAUGAUUCUAAAAUCGAAAAAAUUUUAUUUUCAUUAGGCUACAAAAAAAUUCAUAAUAUUAUAUCAAAAAAUACUAUCUUUAAACAAUUUUUUAUAAAAAAUUAUGAAGAUACAAUGUUUUCUUUAUACAGAAAUAGAAAAACUUUAAAUUGGUACAUUUUAAAUGGAAAUGAGAAAACUUUUUUGUUAUUUAAAUUUUUAUCAUAUAUCCAGUUUAAUAAUAACAAUAUUUACUAUUUUAAAUCUUUACCAAUUUUUUAUUCUUUAAAUGAUUCUAAGUUUAUUAAUCUAUUAAAUACUGAAAAUAAAUAUGUUGUAGUUAAUACAAAUUUUCUUGAUUUAUUUAUUUAUAUAAUAUCAGUGGAAUUAAAAUUAUCAAAUGAUCAUAAAAAAGGUCAUAUUAUACCUAAAAAUGACGGCUACAAUAAUUAUUGCAACGAAAUUCACUUAAACAAAGAUGAUGUAAAUAUAAAUAAUAAUAAUAAUAAUAAUAAUAAUAAUAAUAAUAAUAAUAAUAAUAAUAAUAAUAAUAAUAAUAAUAAUAAUAUAAAUGAUAAUAGUAGUAAAAUAAAUAAUAACAUUAUUGAUAUAAAUAGUGAUAAUAAUAUAUAUGAUAAUAUAAACGCAAAUAAUAAUAUUUUUAAUAUAAAUAGCUUGAAUACUAAUAUGAACAAUAAAAAUAAUAUAAAUAAUGAUGAUAAUAUGUUUAAAAAUCAAAAUGAAUACAAAUUCAAUUCUUUCAUUAUUUCUAAUAAUCACAAACAUGACGAAACAAAUGGAUUUUAUACAGAAAAUAACAUUAGAUUAAUUAAGGAUGGUUCUGAUGAGGCAAAUAACAAUAUAAAUUAUAAUUUAAUUAACGAAAAUGAGAAUAAUAUAAUAAAUAUUAAGCAAAAUUAUAAAUUAAAUUUGAAUAUAAAUUAUGUAUUUUUAUAUGAUUCAAACGUUAGUCAGAAUUGUUGGAAGCAUAUUAAUGUAGAUUAUUGGUAUGGUUAUGAUAUCAUUAAACAUUUUUUCUUAGAAGUUUUAAAAAAUUGCUCGAACGAAUCUAUGUUUCAUAAAAUUAUACUUUUUAUAUAUGAAGAAUAUGAGAAAAAAUUAGAGGAAAUAAUUUUUUAUAAGAAACUAAAAGAAAGUAAUAUAAAUAACAACAGAAAUGCAGAAAAUUCUUAUAAUGAGUUUUUAAUAGACAUUAUCGAUAAAUUAAAGGAAAUACCCUUAAAAUUCAAAGAAAAUUUAAGAAUUUAUCAACUUUAUAACACAAAUGAUAGUUUAUUUAAAAUGUUUAUAAAUAACAAAAAAUUAUUUAAAUUUUUAUAUAUAUGCAAUUUCCCAUAUGAAACUAACUUUUUAGAAAGUUUAAACUUUCAUGUAAUCCCUGGAACAGUAGAAUUAAAUAAUUUUCUCUCAAUUUUAAUAAAUAUUUUAAAAACAAAAAAUUAUAAUAAGUUAGAUACAGGAUAUAUAGAAAUGAUAUUUAAUGAAAUAAAUUUAGAUUAUAGUAUAUAUAAUACCAAUUUUAAUAAAGAACAUCUAAAUAAAAAGAUUGACUGUAUUUUAAGAUAUAUUGAUGAAAAUUUUCAAUUUUUACUUAAAAAAAAAGAUACAUAUCUUUUUCAUUUAAUAAAUUCUUUUAUAGAGAUUUUAAUGAAUAAAAAAAGGUUUAGAAACAAAAUAAGAAAUUAUAAAAUUCUUGUAAAUUAUUACAAUGAAAAUAAUAGAGAAAUAGAAGGAUAUUUUAAAAAAAGGAUUGAAAAUAAAUAUAAUGAAAUAACAUCAAGUGGAACUGAAAAUAAUGAAAGUGAUAAUAAAAGUUCAAAUGAUGAAAAUGAAAAUGAUGUAAUUGAAAAAGAUGUAAUUGAUAAUGGUGUAAUUGAAAAUUAUGAAGGUGAAAAUUAUGAAAGUGACAAUGAUGAAAAUGAAAAUGAUGAAAGUGAAAAUGAUGAAAGUGAAAAUUAUGAAAGUGAAAAUUAUGAAAGUGAAAAUGAUAAACACGAAAAAGGAUUUCCAUACAACAAAUAUCAAUGUAAAGAAUAUGGAGAUGAAAAUCAGGAAAAAAUUUUGAUAUAUAAACAUAUGAAUACUAAAUGUGAUAAUAAAAAAAAAAAUAUACACAAUGAAAACCUUCAGAUUUAUAAAUACCCCCACCGUUAUGCAAAAAAAUUAGUAAGUGAUACUAAUUGUUAUUGGAGUGAUAAUGAGGUAGAUAUGAAAACAAUAGAAUAUAAUUCGUCAGAUUAUUAUUCUAAAAAAAAAAAUUUUAAUUUAAAUGUCUUCCCCAAUUUUUACAGUGCUCAUAAAAAUGUUUACAAAGAUAGAAAAAAUAUUCUAAAAGAAAGUAAACAUAUAUCUUAUGAUUUAUGUAAUUUUUACAAAAACACAUAUAACUCAGAUGAAAAUACCUAUAAUAAUAUAAUUACAAAAAAUAAUAAAAUAGAAAAAAAAUUAGAAAGAUUAAAUAUGCUGGGAGAUUUACAAAAAAUAAUGAAUGAAAAAAAAAAAAGUGAAGCUAAAGAUUCUAAAUUAAAAGAAAAAUAUAUAAAAAUGGUAGAAAAUGAUACAUUAGUAAAUGGUACAUUUAAAGAAAAAGAUUACAUAAAAAAUGAGACUGGCUUUUCUUCAAAAGAAAAAAUUAUAGAAAAUUCGAAAGAUUUUGAUAAAAAUUAUGUAGAAAAUUACCAAGUAAAAUUAGAAACAAACAUUGAUUUUGUGAAGGAAAAUAUGAAGUCCGGUAAUUUUUUUAAGAAACAAUUAAAUAGCAAAGAUGAAACAGAAUUAACAAAUAACGAAAUAAAAUCACAUAAUGUAACAAACAAAAAAAAGAAAACAAGUAUCAAAAUAUUAUAUGUACACAAAAAAGAUACAUGUGAUAAUAAAUGUGAAUUAUUACAAAAUUUAAGAUUGUUAUUUAAUUCAAAAGAAUUUCUAAAAGCUAUAUACGAAUUUACAAAAUUGUGCAAAAAAAAAAAAAAUCAUAAAAUUGGUGUAAUAGUUAAUAAAAUAAAAAAUAUGAAAUUAAUUUGUUCUGAAACUUUAGAAAUUGUAAAAUUUAAUAAGAUUACAAGAAUAAAACAAAAGUACAAUAAAUACUCUUAUUUCGUAAAAGAAAAUAAUUUUUUCUGUCUUUAUAUUUUACAUAAUUCUUUUUUGAGAAAUGAUAAUAUUAAAUAUGAAAUAGCUCUCUGUAUCAGGAAAAUUUUUAAGAUAUCAAAAAGAUUUCUUUCUAUUUUACAAAAAAUUUUGGAUAUUAAAAAUUUAUACUAUUUAUGCGAUUAUUUUUAUAAAAAUAACCCAACUAAUAAUAUAUAUGCAACAGGAGAGAAUGUAAAUAAUUUGAAUUACAUAAGUGUAAAUAUGUUUUGUGAAUUUUAUCAAGGUGAAUUUGUUGCCUAUUUGAAGAACUAUAACUUUAAUAUUUGUAAAAAUUCAAUGUUUGAUGAUAAAAUAAAAUUUUCAAAUUUUCAAUUCAUUUACGCUAAAAUUUUAAAAAUUUACAACAAUGAAGAUUCAAAAAAGAAAAAAAAAGGCCAUUAUUUGAAAAAAAUACAUAAAGACAUAAAUGAAUUUGAAGAUGAAAAUAAUGGUAAAGAAUUAGUAAAAGAGAAAAAAGAAAAAGGGGAAAAAGAAAGGGAGGAUGAAGAUGGAAGGGAAUACGGAGAAGUAGAAGAAGAAAAAGAAGAAGAAAAGGAUGAAAAAAAAAUAAAUGAAGAAGAAAAAUAUGAAGAAGAAAAAGAUGAAGAAGAAAAAGAUGAAGAAGAAGAGGAAGAAAAACAAAACCAUAAAGGAUAUAGCAUAAUUGAAGAUGAAUUUACAAUAGAAAACAAAGGAAUAGAUGAAAAUGAAUAUGAUAAUACGUCAGAGAAAAGUGAUAUAAACAACUUUGAGGGAAUCACAUUAAGGUAUAAAAACAGUAAUAAAAGAAGUGAUUUCUGUGAAAAUAUGAAAAGAGAUAAAUUAAAAAAAAAAAGAAAAUAUAAAUGCACUAUUAAGAAUUAUGAUAAAAAUGAAAAAAUAUAUAAGGACACAAAAGAAUAUAACUACACGAUAUUAUUAGAUAAUGAAAAAAAAUGUAAUAUUAUAAAAAAAACAGAGAAAGACAAAAAUGAAAGUUUAUACACAAAAGAUUCACCCUUAAUAAAAGAAAAAACAUUGACAAAUUUAAGUUUUUUUAAAGAAGAUGAUGUCUUAUAUAAUCAAGAUAAAAGCAAUUACGAUUAUAAAAAUUAUAUUGAGGUAAAAGAAAAUUAUUUUAAUGAAAUUUUUGUAAAAAAGAAAAACAACGGAAAUGAGAAAAGUGAGUUAGUAAUAGAAGAAACAAAACAAGGAGAGAAUUCUAAAACAAUUUAUAGAAAAAAUAAUAAAAAGGAUUUUACUAACACAAAUAUCGACUACAAAAAGAAAUUAUGUCAGAUAAAAAAAAAAAAUAUUUCUGAAUUAUCAGAAGGAAAUUCCAAAUAUUUUAUAGAAAAAAAUUAUAAAAAUAUGAAAAUAGGAAAGGAAAAUAAAAAUAAAAUUUAUAAUACGCGUAUUUUGAAAAAGAAAUAUAUUAUUGACUUAGGUGCAUAUAUAUCAACUGAUAUAUCUCAUUUAGAUUUAUUCAAAAUUGAACAAGAAAACAAUACCAAUUUUAAUUACAAAGAACAAAUUAAAAGUUUAACUGACCACAUUAAUAUAGAUAAUAAAUUAAAAAAAAAUGAAAUAUGUAAUUUAAAUGAAAAAUUAUUUAUAAGAGAAAUAAUAAAUAACAUGCAGAACAAUUGA